AUGCCGAAGCGCAAGUUCGACACGGUCACCGGCGCCUUCGACGACGAGAACUCGAGAGAUUGGCUUUUCCAGAACAUGCCGCUUGUGCUCGACUGGCUGAAGACCAAGUACUUCAAGGAAGGCUUGAAGUCAAGCAAGACACUCGACGACAUCGUCGGCUACAUCUCCGUGCCCACCGGCUACGACAAAACCAUCGCCAACCUCGCCGGCGCCCUGAAAAUCAACAGCCGCGUCGAAGUCAUCCCAAAAGGCGCCGAGGAGAACAACGUCACCCUCUACCGCUACAAAACCAAGUUCCCAAUCCACAACGCCGACACCCUCCUCAACUUCCUCGCGCAACCAGAAGCGCCCCUCUCCAUCGACUACAAAGACCUCCAAGACGGCUGGCCAGGCUGCGACUCCGCACUCCAGAUCCUCGAAAUCGACCACAAAAUCCUCCUCCGCCGCGACGAGAAGCGGGGAUUGAUCAAAACCAUCCAUCUCGACGACAUCAACCUCUACCUCCACACGACCGACGACGGAAAGGCUAGCGCCGACUUGUACUUUUUCUGGCGUGCUCUCCAACUCCCUGAUGAGAAGGAAAUCAAGCAGACGCUCCAGGAGGCGGAGAUCACUCCCACCAGCCAGCAAGUCGUGAAGAGAGCUUUCGAGGAUAAGUUCUUCGUUCCGCCGCAGGGUCGGAAGCGGCCGGGUACGAAGAGGAGGGGGUUUGAUAUCAAGAAGGCGGGUAAUGCCGGUCUCUUUGCGAGUGGGGUGUUGAAGGAUUAUAGCAAGAAAUAA